CGCGAGGGCUGUACUGCAGUGCAUUAGCUUAAUGUGAGCUGCAGUUCAAUAGCAGGUUUCGUGUGGAUCGUGUCGGCGGUUGCUUGAGUUGAGUGGAUCAAGUGGUUUAAACAUGUCGAAAGCUUUAGUUUGGUUAUCCGUAGUCAUUGCAUGCUUCCACAUCCACGGGUGUGAGGCUGACGCUCGUAAACCGUUCAAUAUGAGUCAAGUUAGUACGACGGACCCCACACGAUACCAUGCGUUACGAUUGUUUAACAAUGAUCAUCCUAACCGUCUGCGACCUGCACUGAAAAAGUGUCCAAUAGCCAACAUGCUAUUUCCGGUGAAGAUAUUUUCUACUCAAGAACCAUACUUUUGCCCGGCAGUGUUUAUUAGCGCUGACUCGCUGCUAGCUUCGGCGUUGUGCCUCAAAAUGAUACAACCGAUGGACGAUCAUCCGUCGAGCCACAUGUUUGUGCUGGUCGAGGCAGAGCACGUGUUCUAUUACGAAGGUGGCCGCCGAUACGUAAACAAAAUAUUCUACCAUCCCAAACUGGACGAAGAACCGGCGUACCAUAACGUGGCCGUUGUGAAGCUGCGCAAUCCAAUCCGCGAAACGGUGACGGCAGGCGGGCAAAGCAUUGUGGCAUGCUUAUGGUCGGAAGUGAGUCUGCGCAAUGACAGGGUAUAUCUGGGCGAGUGGUUCAAGUAUCAGCCAGAACAAAAUGCUGCUUUCCGCUGGCUCGAUCUUCCGGUCAUAACGCGCAAGGAGUGUCGCGAAGAGCUGUCCAAAAGCAAAGCUAACGUACCGGAAUUUGAUCGCGGAGUGGUCGAAUCGCAACUGUGUGUGAAGGAUGCGAAAAACCGAACGAUGAUCGAAUUUUGUGAAGCACGCACCUCCGGACCAUUGUUCAUGACGCUCGGCAGCACGGUUUAUGUGGUCGGGAUGCCCACGGUGCAUAUCGAUGAUUGCAACGUGCACGUGGAGGUGUUUAAUAGGGUGGCGUCUUUUCUGGAUUGGAUUGAAGCUAUCGUGUGGCCACAUUUGGAAGCUCCGUAGGCCGUUUUGGCUGUUGUUGUUGAAGAAACAUUCAAAUGAAUGCUUAUUGUUAUGUUUUAAAUAAAUCAUACUGUUGUUGCUUUCUUAAUAUCUA